UAACAGCGGUUUCAAAGAUUUGGUGUUGGUCGGUGAGCCUCAUUGUUUCUCUUGAAAUCUUGUUUUCUUAUUCUGCUCCAGUUUGAGUUGUUUUUUCUCCAUCUUGGCUGCUUCACAACUUCCAACAAAUUUGCCUGCUUCAACAGACCUCUUGUUCAUGGUGGUCCUUGGAUAGUUAUUGAUUUGUAAGAGGGCUUUUGGUUAAAGAAGAAAGUUUUCAGAUUUUCAAGAUGGGAGAGAAGCCUGAAGCUCUUGAUGCUGUGUUGAAGGAAACUGUUGAUUUGGAAAACAUACCCAUUGAGGAAGUGUUUGAGAAUCUAAGAUGCACCAAAGCAGGUCUCACAACCAAGGCUGCUGAGGAAAGAUUGGUCAUUUUUGGACACAACAAGCUUGAGGAGAAGAAGGAAAGCAAAUUCCUCAAGUUUUUGGGGUUUAUGUGGAACCCUCUCUCAUGGGUUAUGGAAGCUGCUGCUAUCAUGGCCAUUGCUCUUGCAAACGGAGGGGGGAAGCCUCCGGACUGGCAGGAUUUUGUGGGUAUCAUCACUUUGCUUGUGAUAAACUCAACAAUCAGUUUUCUUGAGGAGAACAAUGCUGGAAAUGCAGCAGCUGCUCUCAUGGCCCGUCUUGCUCCAAAAGCCAAGGUUCUGAGAGAUGAAAGAUGGAGUGAGGAGGAGGCAUCCAUAUUAGUGCCUGGUGAUAUCAUUAGCAUUAAACUGGGAGAUAUCGUUCCUGCUGAUGCUCGUUUGCUUGACGGUGAUCCACUGAAAAUUGACCAAUCUGCUUUGACGGGCGAAUCCCUUCCUGUGACAAAGGGGCCAGGGGAUGGCGUCUACUCUGGAUCCACCUGCAAACAGGGAGAGAUUGAGGCUAUUGUUAUUGCCACUGGAGUUCACACCUUUUUUGGGAAGGCAGCACACCUUGUUGAUUCUACUAAUCAAGUCGGGCACUUCCAGAAGGUUUUAACUGCUAUUGGAAACUUUUGCAUAUGCUCUAUUGCGGUGGGGAUGAUUAUAGAGAUCAUUGUCAUGUACCCUAUUCAACAUAGGAAAUAUCGCCCCGGGAUUGACAAUCUUCUGGUACUGCUCAUUGGAGGAAUUCCAAUUGCCAUGCCGACUGUUCUUUCAGUUACAAUGGCCAUUGGUUCUCAUCGUUUGGCUCAGCAGGGAGCUAUCACAAAGAGAAUGACUGCUAUAGAGGAGAUGGCAGGUAUGGAUGUUCUUUGCAGCGAUAAGACCGGGACUCUGACUCUGAAUAAGCUUACCGUUGACAAGAAUCUUAUUGAGGUUUUCACCAAAGGUGUUGAUUCAGAUAUGGUUGUUCUAAUGGCUGCUCGAGCAUCUCGAACAGAAAAUCAAGAUGCGAUAGAUGCAGCUAUAGUUGGAAUGUUGGCUGACCCGAAAGAGGCUCGUGCUGGAAUUCGAGAGGUACACUUCCUUCCUUUUAAUCCCACUGACAAACGGACAGCAUUGACUUACAUAGACGGUGAAGGAAAAUGGCACAGGGUCAGUAAAGGUGCACCGGAGCAGAUUCUACACCUUGCACACAACAAGUCAGAAAUAGAGAGAAGGGUUCAUACUGUGAUUGACAAGUUUGCUGAACGAGGUUUAAGAUCGCUUGCAGUGGCAUACCAGGAAGUUCCUGAAGGAUCCAAAGAGAGUCCUGGAGGCCCGUGGCAGUUCGUUGGUCUCAUGCCUCUUUUUGAUCCACCCAGGCACGACAGUGCGGAAACUAUAAGACGGGCUUUAAAUCUUGGAGUGAAUGUUAAAAUGAUAACAGGGGAUCAGCUUGCUAUCGGAAAGGAAACAGGACGGAGAUUGGGGAUGGGAACCAACAUGUAUCCUUCGUCGGCUUUGCUGGGACAGAACAAAGACGAAUCAAUUGCUUCUCUACCUAUCGAUGAGCUCAUAGAGAAAGCCGAUGGUUUUGCUGGUGUCUUCCCUGAGCACAAAUAUGAAAUAGUGAAGCGACUACAAGCGAGGAAGCAUAUUUGUGGAAUGACUGGUGAUGGAGUAAACGACGCUCCUGCUUUGAAGAAGGCCGAUAUUGGAAUUGCUGUUGCUGAUGCGACUGAUGCAGCUCGCAGUGCUUCUGAUAUUGUACUUACAGAACCCGGCCUCAGUGUCAUUAUUAGUGCUGUUUUAACUAGUCGUUCGAUCUUCCAAAGGAUGAAAAAUUACACGAUUUAUGCUGUUUCUAUAACAAUCCGUAUUGUGCUCGGUUUCAUGUUGUUAGCCCUGAUUUGGGAAUUUGACUUUCCUCCAUUCAUGGUGCUUAUCAUUGCAAUACUCAAUGAUGGUACCAUCAUGACCAUAUCGAAAGAUCGAGUGAAGCCAUCGCCUCUUCCAGACAGCUGGAAGCUUUCCGAGAUUUUCGCAACUGGAGUCAUUCUAGGUGGUUACUUGGCAAUGAUGACUGUGAUAUUCUUUUGGGCAGCAUACAAAACAGAUUUCUUCCCGAGAGUAUUUGGAGUGUCGACCCUCGAAAAGACAGCAACUGACGACUUCCAAAAGCUCGCUUCAGCAAUAUACCUUCAAGUGAGCACUAUCAGCCAGGCUCUGAUAUUCGUUACAAGAUCCCGAAACUGGUCGUAUGUUGAGCGUCCCGGUUUGUUGCUCGUGGCAGCGUUUGUGGUUGCACAGCUGGUUGCCACUUUGAUCGCGGUAUAUGCAAACUGGAGCUUUGCAGCAAUUGAAGGGAUUGGGUGGGGCUGGGCAGGGGUGAUCUGGCUCUACAACAUCAUCUUCUACAUCCCGCUCGAUAUCAUCAAAUUCUUGAUCCGUUACGCCCUCAGUGGAAGGGCCUGGGAUCUUGUUCUUGAGCAAAGGAUUGCUUUCACCAGGAAGAAGGAUUUCGGGAAAGAGCAACGCGAGCUGAAAUGGGCGCAUGCGCAGAGGACUCUCCACGGCCUACAAGUACCCGACACCAAAUUGUUCAGUGAAACGAACAACUUCUCCGAACUCAAUCAGUUGGCCGAGGAAGCAAAGAGGAGAGCUGAGAUUGCUAGGUUAAGGGAGCUGCAUACGCUGAAGGGUCACGUGGAGUCCGUGGUGAGGCUGAAGGGUCUCGACAUAGAUACGAUUCAGCAGUCGUACACGGUAUAAGCAGAUUGAGGAUGGGUGCAAUUGAAGUAGAUAUUUGAUUUGAGGUGAGGCUUGCAGCUGCAUCCAAGCAAAAGUGUUUAGUAUUUAAGAUAUACUAAUGUUAGAAGUGAAUGUUCAUAUAAACAUGGAAGAGUUUUAGUUUUUUGUGCUUCUGUUUCUGAGGCAGUGGUAAAAAGUAAAAACCUUCAAUAUU